GGCCAAUGCGCCGUUGGUCAUCACAACGUUCUUUGAUCCGCAUUCGUGCCGGUAUCCGUGACUGAUCAGUGAUUGAAUGAGAACGAUCUUUGUGUCAACCAAAAGAGAAGCCUCCAAAGCGAUCUUUCUUCGCUGAUGCCUCCAGCUUCCUUCUCAUCACCUUGUCUCAAAGCUCAUAAAACAGAACAUACAGUCAACAAGCUCUCCGAGUUCACUUCUUUUCAUCAUCUACGUACAUCACCACCGCCAUGCUCCGCUCUCCUUACUUGCUACUCCUCGCUCUUUCAGCUGCAUCGGCAACCGAGGACAGUCAUGAGAUUGAAAUCCCCAGUGUCUUCAACCGCCGGGACGGGAAGGUCCAACAUUGCGAAGAAAACGCCGUGGUCGGAGCCUGGUGUAACAGCCACGUCUUUCAGGAUAUCGAAUGUGGUCUCCUCCCCAAUUUUGACGAGUACGGCUGCCAGUGCUUCAAAGAUCCCAGCAAAUGUCCGUCCGAAUGCGUGGGUGGCAGCGAGCUGGUCGAGAAGACGCACUACGGGAUUGUCUGUCGCCAUUUGCCGCAUGAUUCUCCCAAUUACGUGCUCAAGGAGUACCACGAAAUGACGGGCUGCGAGAACAACUCGGUUGUUGCUGCCUGGUGCGAUGACUAUGUGAAUCUGCAUUUGGAAUGUGGUCUCUACCAACAGCUCGAUCAAUACCUCUGUAAAUGCAGUGGCAAGGCGGCCAACUGUCCCCUCGAAUGCCUCGAUGGAUCCGAACCUCUCGUCAAGACACAGGGAAGUGUCCUUUGCAGUGGUAUCCCGGCCGAUAGUCCCAACUAUAUCUUGAAAGAACCCAAGAAGAAGAAGAAGGCAGAAGAGAAAUAAAUAGGCAAACUUGGUGGGCUUUCCAAUACUAGAGUAUGACUUGAAUCAUUCAAUCUAGCAACCUAAUAACGCAACCUAUAUGGCGGGUAUUCAACAUGUU